UUCAAUCUUUCUUAUUUAUAAAAAUAAGCACAAUGGGGAAUUGCCUUCCAACAAGUAUUUCGAAAAAGAAAAGCAAGGGUUUACCUAUUGAAACCACGUUCAAGCUUCCCUCACCGAUACCAACUUGGCCAUCAGGUGAAGGGUUUGCGACUGGAACAAUUGAUCUUGGAUAUGGACUACAAGUACGCCAAAUAUCAUCUUUUAACAAAGUUUGGUCCACCAAAGACGGAGGACCCGACAACAUUGGUGCUACAUUUUUUGAACCCUCUUCCAUACCAGAAGGAUUCUUUAUGCUUGGGCACUAUGCUCAACCCAACAACACUCGGCUUUUUGGCUGGGUUCUUGUUGCAAAAGAUGAUACUGAUACAUCUCUAAAGAAACCUCUUGAUUACUCUCUUGUUUGGAGUAGUGAGUCUCUAAAUAUCAACCAAGAAGGCAUCGCGUACGUCUGGCUACCCACACCCCCUGAUGGCUACAAACCCGUUGGCCACCUCAUCACAAACUCUCCUGUGAAGCCUUCCUUGGAAAAGAUACGGUGUGUUAGAUCCGACCUCACUGAUCAAUGCGAGACUGACACGUGGAUAUGGGGACCAGGUAAGGACAGCAAUGCAAGUGGGUUCAACAUUUUUGGUGUAACACCCACCAAUAGAGGCAUCCAAGGUAUGGGUGUCUGUGUAGGCACAUUUGCAGCAAAGAAUAACAAUUCUCCUUUAUCAAUCGCUUGUUUAAAGAAUUUCAAUUUCAAUUCUAAUUUAUCUUCUAUGCCUAAUCCACUUCAAAUUGAGGCAUUACUUCAAACUUACUCUCCUUACAUUUAUUUCCAUCCUGAUGAAAAAUACCUCCCAUCUUCUGUGAGCUGGUUUUUUGACAAUGGGGCAUUACUAUACAAAAAGGGAGAAGAGUCUAAACCAAUAUUAAUUGAUUCGAUGGGUUCGAACCUUCCCCAAGGAGGUUCUGAUGAUGGCCACUAUUGGUUGGACCUUCCCGUAGAUGACAAGGCCAAAGAGAGAGUGGAAAAAGGAGAUUUACAGAACGCUCAGGUUUAUUUACAUAUUAAACCCAUGUUAGGAGCCACCUUCACUGACAUUGCAAUAUGGGUGUUCUACCCUUUUAAUGGACCUGCCAGGGCUAAAGUUGAGUUUAUCAACAUUCCUUUAGGAAAGAUAGGAGAACAUGUUGGUGACUGGGAGCAUUUGACAUUAAGAGUAAGCAACUUCGAUGGUAUGCUAAGGAAAGUCUACUUCUCGGAACAUAGUGGAGGCAGUUGGGUGAAUGCAUCAGAGCUCGAGUUUCAAGGGGGUAAUAAAGUUGUUACCUAUGCAUCCUUGAAUGGUCAUGCGAUGUAUCCAAAGCCUGGACUAGUUUUACAAGGGAAUGGAAGGAUUGGAAUUAGGAAUGAUACUGCAAAAAGUAAGAUGUUUAUUGAUACAGGAAAUGAAUUUUCAUUGGCUGCGGCCGAGUAUCUGGGCUCUACUAUCAUUGAGCCGCCGUGGCUCAACUAUUUUAGAAAAUGGGGUCCCAAAAUUAGUUAUGACAUUGCGGAGGAAAUAAGAAAGAUAGAGAAAGUAUUGCCUGGAAAGCUCAAGCCUGCUUUUGACAAGUUUGUCAAGAGUCUACCGAAUGAAAUAUUGGGAGAGGAAGGUCCCACAGGCCCAAAGUUGAAAAGGAACUGGAGUGGAGAUGAAGUUUGAAGGUUAGCUAAAGUAAUAACAUUGAUUAGAGUAAUACUAUUGCAUUUAUGAUUUAAUAAAGUUG